AUGUAUUCGGAAGCAGAUUACCAGUAUAAAUUUUGGAGUUACGUAUUUGAAUCGUUUUUAGGAAAAAAGCAAGAUAUUUUAUUGCGAUGGGGCGACACCAUUAGCGAUAGUUGUAAAAAAGCCGGUCAUAAGUUUAAGUUGGAUUUGCGGUUGGUGAUGAUUCGAAAUGAUGAAAAUAUAGUAGAAAGCGUUUGUUUAAAUGCUGAUUUUCGAAAUUUCAGGCGGGUUUCCAAGGUUUACACAGAUGGCCAAGAAAGCAACAAAGUACCGUAUAUCCAUGCCCGAGAUGUUCCUGAUAUCAAGAUACCCAUAAUCCAAGUAGCUGGCUUCAGUGGAAAACUCUCUGUUUUGAGUUUACCUAAGAAAAAAGAGUACCAACUGGAGGAUGUUUCUUCUUUUUGUUUUCCUAAGUCGUUCCGGCAAAUUAAAACAGGAUAUUUGGAAAAUUUGAUUAAUGUUCUAUCUACAAUUGAGGAUUUAUUGGAUGAUCUUCGUAAGAUUUAUUACGAUAAUAAUUCCAGUACUGAUAACGAUAUCGAGAACAUCUUGACUGAAGUAAAUCAAACGAAAAAGUUCAAUUACAAUGCUUGGGCAACAAAAUGA